GUGUGAGCCACCAUACCUGCCCUCUACCCUGGCUUUUGAGAAUCAAAAGAAGGAACCAAAUUUUCUUUAGCUCAACUAGGGCUGUUUCCUGAUUGCUUCAUCAGCAAGAAGCUGGUUAUUGGGCUGUCCAGGCCUCCCAAGCAGAACAGAAAUGAGGCUGGAGUUCAGAGGUGCAGCGAUGACUCACUGCAGCCUUAAGCUCCGGGUCUCAAGGAAUCCCCUUACCUUACCCUCCUGAGUAGCUGGGACUACAAAAACCGGGUCUUGCUUUGUCACCCAGGUUGAAGUUUAGUGGUGCAAUAAUGGCUCACUGCAGUCUCAAACUCCCGGACUCAAGCGAUCCUCCCACUGCAGCCUCCUGAGUAGAAGUGACUACAGAGUGAGGGUCUUGCUGUGUUGCCCAGGCUGGUCUCAAACUUCUGAUGUUACAUUAUCCUCCCACCUUGGCAUCUCAUAGUGCUGUGAUUACGGGUGGUCGCGUGAUGGUAACAGAUGCUGACGCGACAAUAAUAUCUUUAGGUGGAAGUUCUAGAGGCCGGAAUUCUGGUCCCACUGAUUCAAGGCGGGAGCAGGGCCAGUGCCUUCCAAGGCUCUGCGGGAGAAUCAGUUUCCUGGCUCUGGAGGUGGCCUGCACUCCUCAACUUCUGACACCCUCCUUGAAUGACUCCAGUUUCUUGCUUCCAUCACUACACCUCCCACCACUCUCCCAUCACCUCCUCUGCUCUUAUAAGGAUCCAGAGAAAUGGAAUGGUUGCGUCACUGAUCUACAUAAACAAUUGAAGAAUUGUCUGAAAGAAAAUACGCUGAAGAUUUGGGGAGCACUGAAGCCAAGACUGUUCUGUACCAAAAAUUUGAGGCACCUCCGAAUGAUCUGUAUAUGGAAGGACUGCCCAGAAAACAUUCCUCUCAGAAGUCCCUCAUGGUAUAGAAUCCCAAGGCUGGAAAAUAUCAUUCAAGUGGGUAGUCAAAUUAAAUUUGUUAUAAAAGACCAGAACUUCUGACUCACAGUAUAACUGAAGUUACUCAGCCACGAACAAAUACACCAGGCUUGGACUGAACUAUUUGGAAGGCAAGUACAGAUUCCUCUCUGCAGCCACCAACUUGUCUGUGCAGCCUUUAUAUGCCAGAAAGUCAAGCAGUGGUCUCACUUUUCUCUCCGACCUUUCAAAAUGCAGACAUCACUUAUCACAGGGCUUCUUCCCCUGUGUUUGUGGGAAGGCAAGCAGUGGGUCUCACUAAGCAAACACACUGUCAGCAGUGAGAGUCAGGGUUACCUGUUGGGGUUCUGCACACAGAGCUGCUUCUGUAAGAGGAUUCACUGGGUGAAAGUCUUUAAGCACUGCCGACAUUUCCAAAGAUGCCAGUCACUGAACUUCAAGUGGGCUUACAAGAACUGGCUAAUUUUUCACAUUGAUUUGGUUAAAUCCUAAUUCAGUGGGCCCAGACUUAUCCAGGAGCUAGAAGUUCCUGCUGCACAGAGUCUGGGGAAGACAAUGGAGCACUACUGGGUGGCAGGGGUAGGUUUGCUGCUUUUGUUGAAGGGCUGCAAGGCAUCAUGUCUGCACAUGGCUUCCAUUGCUAUUGAAGGGACAUUUACUAGGAGAAUAGCAAUAGUUUAGAAGAUCAGCUUUACUAGCCUUUAAAAUAAGCACAAUAACACAUACUUUUUAAAAAUCCAAUAAAUCAACAUUUUUUAAAAAUUGUGUUUCUGGACUCAGAAUUAACAUAAUCUGAUUUGAGGGGAAAGAGCUAUUAUCACAAAUUAAUAACUCAUCCAAUGCCUAUUAAGCAACUAGUAUAUGUUCAAGAUUAUUUAACAUAGUCUUAAUAUUAUCUUCACUGGCUAUGGCCAUCAGAAGUAUAAACUAAACGCAGGAAAUAAUCAAGAAAAGGACAGGAUAUUUUAUCCCAACACAAGAAAGACGACAUAGACAACUACAGAAGAUGCAGAGGUGGCUUAUUAAAAUGACCAAAAAGAUGAAGUGGUUUCUGCAUGAAGCAAUAUUGAGCUAGUCAGUCUCUUCAGUCACAAAAGGCAAAGAUUAAGGGGAAGAUGGCAAACUCCCAAAACUUUGAAGGAUACAGUCAAGGAAGAACAUGAACUCAUGAAUUCUGGACAGUUAAAACGUUGAGAGAGGCAAAUUCAGGAUCCAUAAAACAAAGUCCAACUUUACCCCUUCCUUGCUCAUUCAUUCAGUCUACAAUUAGUUGUUGAGCAUCUAUUACAUGCCUAACACUGUGUUAGGCACCGUGGAUAUAGGGGGAUCAAGAAAGCCAUAGUCCCUGCCCUCUGGCACAUAAACUCUACUAGGUUUUAUUAAGCUGAUGUUUUUACAGAUAAAUAUUUACUCAGUUGUCAAAUCUAACAUUCCAUUAAUUUCAUCAUUAUAAUUGUAAGUCACCAUUAAUUGCAAGACACCUGCCAGUUUCAGAAAGAUUAAAAUGUAAAGAAAAAUAUGUAAAUUUUAGAAUUGACAAAAUACAGCUACAAGUGUGGUAAGUGCUAUUAGAGAAAAUAAAGGAUGCCAGGAAAUGAUAAAUUAUGGAUGGCUGAACUUGGGAUAUGAUAGAAUCUGAGUCCUGGGGGCAAGGCUUGGUGGCUGGGGCCGGGCGUGGUGGCUCACACCUGUAAUCCCAGCACUUUGGGAGGCCAAGGUGGGCGGAUCAUGAGGUCAAGAGAUCGAGACCAUCCCGGCUAACAUGGUGAAACCCCGUCUCUACAAAAAAUACAAAAAUUAGCUGGGCGUGGUGGCACGUGCCUGUAGUCCCAGCUACUAGGGAGGCUGAGACAGGAGAAUUGCUUGAACCUGGGAGGCGGAGGUUGCAGUGAGCCGAGAUCACGCCACUGCACUCCAGCCUGGUGACUGAGCAAGACUCCAUCUC